GGACGCGCGCUUUCCAUUGCCGCUCGUUCUUUGUCCUCCAUUGCAGCUGGUGUUCGCAGCUCCGCCGCACAGCGCAGGCCCGAAGUAGCGCAGCCGCUCUGAGUGUGUUUGGGAGAAACUGUACUGGAUGAUGGAAGACCACACGGUACAUCAAACAGAGCACAUGACCACCAUCGAGGCCCAUGCCGUAUCUCAACAGGUCGCGCAGGUGCACGUCGCCACUUACACAGAGCACGGCAUGCUAAGCGCUGAUGAGGAUUCGCCCUCCUCGCCCGAUGACGAUGCUUAUGAUGACACUGACAUCCUCAAUUCGACGGGGACAGAUGAGGUCACCGCACACCUGGCAGCUGCAGGGCCUGUUGGCAUGGCAGCAGCUGCUGCCGUGGCAACUGGGAAGAAACGUAAACGGCCGCACAUCUUUGAGUCAAACCCCUCAAUCCGUAAAAGACAACAAACUCGCCUGCUUAGGAAGCUGAGAGCUACUCUAGAUGAGUACACAACACGAGUUGGCCAACAGGCUAUUGUUUUGUGCAUCUCUCCCUCUAAACCAAAUCCUGUAUUUAGAGUGUUUGGAGCCGCUCCACUAGAGAAUGUGGUGAGGAAAUACAAGGGCAUGAUUCUGGAGGAUUUAGAGAAUGCUCUGGCUGAACAUGCACCCCCUGGUGGUGGAGAACUUGGCUCUGAACUUCCUCCACUGACCAUUGAUGGCAUACCAGUGUCUGUGGACAAGAUGACACAGGCCCAGCUCAGAGCAUUCAUUCCAGAAAUGCUGAAGUAUUCUACAGGCCGUGGGAAGCCUGGCUGGGGGAAAGAGAGCUGUAAGCCCAUCUGGUGGCCAGAGGACAUUCCCUGGGCCAACGUGCGCAGUGACGUCCGGACAGAGGAGCAAAAACAGAGGGUGUCAUGGACGCAAGCCCUAAGGACUAUCGUGAAGAACUGCUACAAGCAGCAUGGGAGAGAGGACCUGCUCUACGCCUUUGAGGACCAGGUCACCACACAACAAGUUACCACACACAGCAUUGCGCACCUGGUGCCAUCACAGACAGUGGUGCAGACGAUCAGCAAUCCUGAUGGAACCGUAUCGCUCAUACAGGUUGGCACUGGAGCCACAGUAGCAACACUGGCAGAUGCAUCAGAGUUGCCAGGUACCAUGACAGUCGCCCAGGUGAAUUACUCCACAGUGACGGAUGGAGAGGUGGAGCAAAAUUGGGCCACAAUACAGGGUGGUGAGAUGACCAUCCAAUCCACGCAAGCAUCCGAGGCCACGCAGGCUGUGGCCUCCUUAGCCGAAGCUGCAGUCGCUGCAUCGCAAGAGAUCCAGCCGGGGGCAACGGUUACCAUGGCGCUCAACAGUGAAGCAGCAGCUCACGCAGUGGCGACACUAGCGGAAGCGACUCUUCAGGGCGGAGGGCAGAUCGUGCUUGCAGGAGAGACAGCGGCGGCAGUCGGAGCUUUAACGGGAGUUCAGGAUGCCAGUGGUCUUGUCCAGAUACCAGUCAGCAUGUAUCAGACUGUCGUCACCAGUUUGGCGCAGGGAAAUCGACCUGUUCAGGUCGCAAUGGCUCCCAUAGCCACACGCAUUGACAAUACAGUAACGCUUGACGGACAGGCGGUGGAGGUAGUGACCCUAGAACAGUGACAUACACUGCCCCUGCAGAUGUAUGGGACAGGAAGUUCUACAAAUACAUAAAGGAAUUAGCUGCUGGAAUAUAUUGUAAAAAAUUAUAUUUUAACCUGUUAACACAUCUGCAGGGGUCAGAAGGUUUUUUCUGGGGGAUUAACCUUGUAAAAAAAUUAUUGUCUUGUUUAUUUUUCUGCUAUAGUGUUGUUAAAUUUAUUAACAUUAGUUCAUUUUUAGCUGAAGUUUGAUAAAUGUACUAUUGUAAAAGAGACUUAGAAUAAUGAACUAAUUCUUUCUCUACAAUUACAGCAAAAAAAUCUAAAUUUUCACCUUCAAGAUCUUAGUGGCAUAAUUAGUUUUCUCCCUCCGUUUUGGUUCUUUUCUCCCCAUAUAAAGCAUUAGUUAAGUGUGCUCUACCUUUCUCUCACAAUAUCACUGACCCAUUUUUUUUUUUUUUUUUUUUUUCUUCAAUUUUCAUCUAGGUGUAUAUGUUGUGACCCAUCUUGUGCCACAGAUAGAAAUGCAUGUUUUUUUAUUUGUCUUUUUUGUUAGACUGUAUAAUGUAGAAUUGUCAAUGAACGCAGAAAUGUGAACUCUCACUCAGCGCUAUCUAUUGUCUUUCACUGAAUUGUACUAUUAAUAGAUGACUAUAAAUGUUGACUUGGCAAUGACAAGGCGGAAGAUGUAGCAGUCCAUAUCAUACUUUUUAUACUUCAGAAAAUAAACACAACUUUACAUUUUCAAGGCAUAUAAGCAUUUUGGAAACGUAUCCUACAUAUUAUUAAACUGUUUGGGAACGUGUUUUAUUUAUUUGUAUUUAUUUUUGCGUUAAUGUUUUUGUUAGAUGCGCAUAUCCUUGAAAUCAUACACAAAAGGACAUGUUGUAAGUGGUGUCAAGGUUUUUGAAGUCGACAGAGAAUACUGGUGGCAUUGUAUAUGCUGCAAAUUAACUAAAAAUGUAUAUUCUAUGUCUCUUUCUCUGUUUUUGUUAUAUUGUAUCUAAAAUGCAACCAAAUAUUCAUUUUAUGGUACUCUUUGGCAAAAAGUCAUCACCUGUAUGUAAAUUUACUGAUUCUGCUGUUUCCUGCUCCUGGACAGUUGACAUUUUUAUACGCCUGAAAGAACACAUCAGAAGUCAACCUUUUUAUGUAAAAAUUGUAAAAUAUAUGGUUUGAUGAAACCAAACUUUCCUAUGUUGCUUGUGAAAAUGGUGGUGACAUUGUUUGGCACCACAUGUCAGCAUUUGUCUUAACCUUUUUAUCCACUCUUGGAAAUAAAAUGGCAAC